AUGCUGGGGAGGCUUUGCCGGAUCGCUGUGCUGCCUCAAAACUCAAAUAAAGCUGCAAUUACCGCGUUACAAUCCCGGUGGUUCUCUACUGGUAACGAGGAUGAAAGCAAAAAAACUACGCCCGUGAAGGAUGCCGUCGACAAGAAGGUGGUAAAGGCCGUCAAUGAAGUUGCUUCCAGCCUACAUAAGGAUGAGGAUUCGCGAAAAAAGGUGCACUCAACGCUCCUUCAACGCUUGACUAAGAUGGAAGCUGAAAGUUUCAAGGCGGCGACAGAAUCAUCAAAAGACGCCAUGCAGAGCGAUAAAAGUGUGGUCGACCUGAUUAAUCAGGUGGCAACUGAUACGAAACAGGAACGUCGUUUGCCGAACAGAUUUGCGGCGCAACGACAUGCCAAUCGUGGGCUGGUCUUACUGCGACGCGAAAUGUUUUAUCAAGCUAAACAGGAAGGCUAUUCGGCCGCUGAAGCUCAGAAAAUUGCUGAAAAAGCCGUCAACGAUGCGGAAGCGAAGAUUGCCGCUAAAAGAGACAAGCUAUAUGCGGAUAAUAAAGCUUCGAAGGUUGCCGAGGCUGAAACAACCCAAGUCCAGGACGAAAAGGAACGAAAACUAUUCAACUAUGCUUAUCAAAUGGCAGAGAAAAUUCUGCAUCGUGACGAGGAAACGGUGACUGGGACUCAAAAGAUCGAGCCAAAUCCAGAGCUCUUCCAACUACUUUCCGGGAAAGAGAAGUUGGGAAUUUUCUCGCCAAGCGCUCAGCUGAGGGAUCUACCGCUCGCCUUCUGGCGGGCUUCCGAUGAACGAGCUGCCAAGAUCGUUAAUUCACCCAUGGGCCCAGGGAACGCUCUCGAAGAGCAGAUUGAAUGGACACGACAAGGAAAACAAUGGCCAUACCCGAUCAAUAAUGAAUAUUUAUUGGGCGAGGAAGAAAACGUAUCGUUCAUUGAGCACAUUUUCUUGGACCGGCACCUAGCCAAGUUGGGGCUUCCUAGAGAUGGGCCUAUUGGGCAUUUUAUGGAACUUGUUUGCGUCGGUUUGAGCAAGAACCCGUACAUGACGGCACGAAAGAAACAAGAGCAUCUCCAAUGGUUCGCUUCGUACUUCAACGCGGAGAAGACGAAGCUCAUUGAAAAGCUACAUAAGCAAGAACUUGAAGCUGCUGCCAAU